AUGGAGAAGGAAUAUGAUCGCCGUAUCUCAGGCUGCGGGCAAGAGGACACUCGGAUUCCACACAUACGCGCGAGUACCAGUACCGGUCCAACAAAUAAUGGGCGAUACGAAAAUCGUUACAGGUGUUCCGCUUGCGGGAAAUCAUUCCCAUUCUUAUCCCACUUGCAACGUCAUUUGGCGGUGCAUUCAGAUGAACGUUUCUUCUGUUGCCACAUUUGCAAAAUAUCAUACAAGUUCAGCCGCUCACUCAGUCAACAUCAGGUGAAGUUUCAUUCAAAACGAGCUAAAGUUCGUGUUGGAAACUCAAUGGGGAAACGCCGAAAAUCUCUUGAAAGCGCCAAACUGUGUCAGGAAUGUGGCAAAUUUUUAAAAAAUAGCAACACUCUAUUGGCACAUCGGAAGACAGUACACGGCAAUGUCGCACGUUACACAUGCGAGCUCUGUGGUCACACUUUCGGUCAGAAGGGAAAUUACUUCAAGCAUCUGAGGAAGAUGCAUGGAAAGCAGAUAACCGAAAAAUGUAAACAAUGCAGACAAUGCUUCCUCACUUCAUCUGAACUGGAGGCCCAUUUGUGGGCAUGUCAUUAUGCAAAUAACUAA